UGUUGGCUCGGUUUGUGUCGACGUGUGUGCGGAGCGCGCAGGGCCGGAGGGUGAUGCGGGAGAGCGGCGGAGGAACCGGAGGAACCGGAGGAACCGCGAGCUCUGGAGGAUCUACCGGACCUGGCGGGUCAGCAUGUGGCUCAGGCCGGAGGAGGUGCUGCUGAAGAGCGCGCUGAAGCUGUGGGUCACCGAGAGGUCCAACCGGUACUUCCUGCUGCAGCGGCGGCGCGGCUACGGGGAGGGCGGCGGAGGCAUCGCGGGUCUCCUGGUCGGGACUCUGGACACAGUGCUGGACUCCACAGCUAAAGUGGCUCCAUACAGAAUCUUACACCAAACACCUGAUUCACAGGUGUACUGGAGCAUCGCCUGUGGUGCGUCUCUGGAGGAGAUCUCUCAGCACUGGGAUUGGCUGCAGGUCAAUGUGAUGAGAACACUCUCUGUGUUCGACUCUGAUGAUGACAUCACUAGCUUCGUCCAGGGCAAGAUUCGAGGUCUGAUAGCGGAGGAGGGGAAAUCGAGCGGUGGUGAUGAUGAAGACCCUGAGCGCUUUCGGGAGGCCGUGUUGCGGUUCGAGCGUCUGUUCGGUUUGCCGAAGCGAGAGAAGCUGGUGACGUAUUUCUCCUGCAGCUACUGGAGAGGACGAGUUCCAAACCAGGGCUGGAUCUACCUCAGCACCAACUUCAUCUGCUUCUACUCUUACCUGCUGGGCAACGAGGUGAAGCUGGUGUUUUCGUGGGAUGAGGUGAGCCGUUUGGAGCGUACGUCCAGCGUGCUGCUGGCGGAGAGUAUCCGUGUAUGUGUGCGCGGUGAGGAUCAUUUCUUCUCCAUGUUCCUGCGGCUCCAGCAAACCUACCUGCUCAUGCAGCAGCUCGCCGACUACGCCAUCACGCGGCUCUUUGACAAAGAAACCUUCAGCACGGACCACCCGCUGUCUGACCCGCUGCACAUCACUCAGAGGGCUCUGGAGGUGCAUGCGAGGAAUCAGGCAUUCCGGUCGUUUUUCCGUCUGCCACAGGAGGAGAACCUGUGUGAAGUUUAUGAGAGUUUCCUCUGGGUUCCCUUCAGCCACUACAACACGCUGGGCAAAAUCUGUGUGUCGGAGAGAUACCUCUGCUUCGCCAGCCAGGAUGGCAGCCAGUGCCACCUCAUCAUUCCCUUACGGGAGGUGGUCAGCGUGGAGCUGCCUGACCGCAGCAGUCGUGCGCUGAGUGUGGGUGUUCGGGGGAAAAGAGCUUUCCGGUUUUCUGAGGUUCGUGAUUUUGACCGUUUGGCUGCGACCAUCCGGAGGAAGUGCUCUGCAUCGUCGAGCCCUCAGCACUCCGCCAGCGCUCAGCUGCCUCUGUGUGAUGAUGAGGAGGACGUGAUGGUUGGUCAGACACAGCCGGCCGUCAGCACUGAAGCUCUGAUGAACGUUUUCCACCCGCAGGAUGCUGAAAACCUCGACCCAAAAAUGCUGAAGGAGCGAAUGAAGGAGCAGUCGUGGCAGAUCCACUUUGCCGAAUACGGUCGGGGGAGCGGAAUGUUCUGCACCAAAAAGACCCGCGACCUCGUCGUGCGUGGAGUUCCGGAGACGCUCCGUGGAGAACUGUGGAUGCUCUUCUCAGGUGCAGUGAAUGACAUGGCCACCCAUCCUGGCUAUUACGCGGCGCUGCUGGACGAGUGUAUGGGCAGCAGCUCUCUGGCGUGUGAUGAGAUCGAGCGAGAUUUGCACCGUUCUCUCCCGGAACACCCGGCGUUCCAGACGGACACGGGAAUAUCUGCCCUGCGCAGAGUGCUAACCGCUUACGCUCACCGCAACCCCAAAAUUGGAUACUGCCAGGCGAUGAAUAUUCUGACCUCAGUGCUGCUGCUGUACGCUAAAGAGGAAGAGGCGUUCUGGCUGUUGGUGGCGGUGUGCGAGAGGAUGCUGCCGGAUUACUUCAACCGCAGAAUCAUUGGUGCUCUGGUGGACCAGGCUGUGUUUGAGGAGCUGAUCCGGGACCACCUGACCGCGCUGACCGAUCACAUGACCGACAUGUCUUUCUUCUCCUCCGUCUCGUUGUCGUGGUUUCUGACGUUGUUUAUCAGCGUGCUGCCCAUCGAGAGCGCCGUCAACGUGGUCGACUGUUUCUUCUUCGACGGGAUCCGAGCCGUGCUGCAGCUGGCCCUCGCCGUCCUGCACUACAACAUGGACAGCCUGCUCUGUUGCCAUGACGACGCAGAGGCGGUCACCAUCCUGAACAGGUUUUUCGACAGUGUGACUAAUAAAGACAGUCCUCUCCCAGCCACUGUACAGCAGGCAUCCGCACCAGCCAAUCAUAAACCAGCUCAGAGCGUUGACAUCAGUGACCUCAUCAGAGAGGCCUAUGAGAGGUUCGGGGACAUUCGGUGGGAGGAGGUGGAGAGUAUGAGGAAGCGGAAUAAACUCUAUGUCAUUCAGACCCUCGAGGAGACCACCAAGCAGAAUGUCUUGCGAGUUGUUGCUCAGGAUGUGAAGUUCAGUGCUUCUCAGCUGGAGGAGCUCUAUUUACUCUUUAAGAGGCAGCACUUUAUCAGCUGUUACUGGUCCGUCAGCAGUCCGUCUCUGCAGAAUCACGACCCCAGCCUGCCGUAUCUGGAUCAGUACCAGCUGGGUCAGUCUCAGUUCAGCGCUCUGUUCAACCUGCUGCUGCCCUGGACGCCCAACACACACUCACACUCUCACUCGCUCGCCCGCUCGGCGUUCCGUCUGGCUGACGAGAACAGAGACGGACUCGUCAACUUCAAAGAGUUCCUCUGCACCCUGGAUAUCCUGUAUAACGGCUCCUUCACAGAAAAGCUCAAAUUUCUCUUCAAGCUUCAUCUGCAGCCAGCAGGAGCUCCGAUCUGUAAGGCUUUAGGACCGUCUGCUUCUGCUCUUCCAGCUGAAGAUCUCUCUGUCUCUACUCGAUUUUCUGAGAGUGCUGAUGAUGGAGUGAUCAGGAAAAGUCCAGAGAGAGGUCGGGGGAAGGUUGAUCUGCAGGAGUAUCUGAAACAGUGGCAGGACGAGUUACAGAAGAAGGAGGAGAACAUAAAAGAUCUUCCCCGGAUCAAGCAGACCCAGUUUGUCCGACUGUCUAAGACGCUGUACAGUGUUUUCCACGGUGAUGAUGAGGAGGAGAGUCUGUACCGCGCUGUUGCCCGGGUAACAAGUCUGCUGCUGCGCAUGGAGGAGGCGGGGCGGAGACUGCAGGAGGCCAGCCCGACAAAGUCACCCCAGCCUACCCCCCAAACUACCCCUGACCCCAAUCAGUCCCCUACACCACUAACCCCUGACCCCUGUUCCCCCACAGGGGGCGACAGUUCCCCUAAAUCUCCCCCGCCUGAUCCUGACUCCAGCCCCUCAGACACCAGCCCCCCCUCUCCCACCUCCCCCACCUCCUCCGCCACCAGCAGCCCCACAGGCACCAGCAGCUCCGCCCUCGACACACCUGUGGAUACACCGGGUGACCCCCCCGCUGGGGGCGAGGACUGGAGCUUUUCUUUUGAACAGAUUCUGGCAUCUCUGCUGAACGAGCCGGCCGUCGUUCGGUUCUUCGAGAGAACCGUCGACACGCAGGCACUCAUUGAGAACGCGCGCAGGAACCAGAUCAGAGACACACACUGAACACACACACAGGCUGAACACACACUGAUACACACUUCACACACACAGCAACCAGCUGACAGA